GUCUUGCUGAGGAAGAACUUUUCGAGAAACCAACGCUAAGCAUUGCAAAAGACCACAUCGUCAUCUCACCAGGAGACACCCUAAAAAUCAAAUGCAGGGGAGCACCUUCCGUGAGCUGGGUUUUGAGGGAGGAGCAGAAGGAGGACCGGGUGCGCAUAAGUAAUUGUCGCAAUAACACAAGGCAAAGCUGCAGCAUGCUCGUCGUCAGGAAAGUCACAGCUAACGACACGGGUUACUUCACCUGCGUUCAUGAUGAUGCCCCAUCUAAGGAGGAUCUCAUGGCCAAGAUUUAUGUGUUUGUUAAAGACUACAAAAAUCCAUUUGUGGAGAUUCACCCGGAACAUCCCCAAAUAAUCUACAUUUUAGAUGCUAAGAAAACGGUUGUUAUCCCUUGCCGAGUUACCUCGCCGGACAUCAAACCUAAGCUUACCCAGUAUCCUUAUUCUGUAGAGAUGAACUUCAAGAGAAUGGUGUGGGACCCCAGAAGAGGAUUUGUCAUCCCUUCUCAUUCUUUUGUUUACUCUGGAGUACUCACAUGCACUGCCAACGUCAGUGGAAGCGUGUUCACCUCCUACUACCUGGCACAGAGGUUGGAGAGCAGAGUACAGAACCUGGAUCUGAAAGCAAUUCCCAAAAAACUGCUGGUUGGACAAACCCUCAGUUUGGAAUGCACUGCAGAAACCUUCAUCAACGGGCGCAUUGAGCUCAUAUGGACGUGUCCCAGCGGGAGACACCCUUAUCCUAGAAGAACAAUGGACCAGAGUGGCAUGGUGUACAAAGUCGGCAGUAAGCUGACAAUUGAAAAUGUCACCGUGCAGGACGGAGGGCUGUACGUAUGCAAAACAUUCAACGUCACACGGCUGGAGGCCAACGUCACAGUGACAGUGUACGACAAACCUUUCCUCAUGGUUUCACAUAAGAAAGGGUCUUACUAUGAGAUUCCAUCAGGACACAAGUCACUGAAACUGGCUGCUAAGGUGGACGCCUUUCCUCGCCCAAACGUCACCUGGUACAAAGACGGCAAACCGAUCAAGGAUAACCACACUUGCUAUGAGCUGGAUCCAAUGAGGUACAAACUGGGCAUAAGAGAUGUGAGACCAAAGCAUGCUGGAAACUAUACCAUCGUCUUGAGCAAUGAAGAAUACGGCCUGUAUAAGAACCUCACCAUGCAGCUGGUAGUGACAGAGAGACCCAAAAUCUAUGAAAAGGAAACUGAUUUCGAUAAGAUUGAGAAGGUGGAAUUAAGAAGCAAACACAAAAUCCAGUGCACCGUAAGUGGGAACCCUGACCCGAAGAUCGAGUGGAAGUGGCAGCCCUGCAGCCUCACAGACACGCUAUGCAACCCUGAUGGGCAAAAAAUUGUGGUCCAGGAGAACACGUUCAUAGGCAACAAGAUCAGAAGCAUUGAAAACGUAACCAUGAAGCAUGGGGAUAAAAGAAAGAUUGUGAGCACACUGACCAUGGAAAACAGCAGCGCAUCGGGAAUCUAUUACUGUGUGGCUUCAAACAAGAUGGGUGCAGAAGAGAGGAGCAUUGAGUUCUACGUCUCAG